UUACAAUCAUGCGUGGAUAAUUUGAAGUCAGUCUUCCUUACACUAGCCAUGGUCGACGGAUUCUGUUCCUCUGUGCGAGCAGUGGAGCUCAGUCAACUGGAAUUAAUGUUUCAGGUGAAACGAUGGGGUGAAGUGCCGUCACAUCAUGACGUACAGACGGUGGAGCUGAAUGCACGAGUAUCGGCCGGUCUGUUUUUCAUUCUGAUCAGUCACCAGCAACGCAGAGUACGCACCAAACUGGGACUGGACCACUUGAGAGAUAUGGCCGGUCACAAAACCAACUGA